GAUUCAUAAUAGAAAUAUUAUCAUAUUGCAGUUUUAGGUUAUAAACGUGCAUUUUAGAUACCUUUCUAACAUGUCCCAAAUUGGUGUUUGCAAAAUUAAGGAGCAGUUUGUGGUGACAGACCAUGAGAGGACUUUGGAUUUGAAUCAUGUCUCAGCUAAAGAUAUUGAGAAGAUUACAGGUGUUGAGUGUGAUGAGCCUGAUGCCAAGAAACCUAAACUGGAAGAGGGUAAGAAGUUGAAGGGACAAAACAAGGCACGCAAGAAUUUUGCACAAUACAAUCCCAGUGAAGCGCUGUGCUCGAAAAUCACGCGAAUCACAGAAGAUGAAGAGUUCCCAGAAACAUGUCAAUUUGAAAAGUGCAAAUUCUUGCAUAAAGUUGAAGAUUAUUUGAAAACUAAACCAAAUGAUAUUGGUGAUGAUUGCUACAACUUUGAGACAUUUGGACAAUGCAAUUUUGGUAUAACUUGCAGGUUUGCCAAAAAGCAUGUAACAGUUGAAGGAAAGAAUAAAAUUGAUAGGGGAAAAAUGGAAGCAGUUAAAAAAGAUGAGCAGGUGCUGAAUGUGUUGCAUAGUGAGAAGAGGUUUAGUCUGCAGAGGAAAAAGUAUGAUUUCCAUUUGGCAGAUAAGAUGAUUAAACAUGUAGAUGGACUGAGGAAAGAGGAGAAGGAAAAGAAAGUUGAUGAGAAAAGUGUGCAGACAUCAGGAGCUGUAACUGAUGAGGAUAUUGUGAAGCUGCUAAAAAGAGAAAAAAAGAAGAUCGAUUUCAAAGACAAACUAUUCCUGUCCCCUUUGACAACAGUGGGAAAUUUGCCGUUUAGAAGAAUCUGCAAGGAGUAUGGUGCGGAUAUUACGUGCGGAGAGAUGGCGAUGUGCUCGAAACUGUUGCAAGGCACAACACACGAAUGGGCUCUCGUGAAGAGGCACCACACCGAAGAUGUCUUUGGGGUUCAGCUGUGCGGCAACAAUCCGCACAUCUUCGCCAAAUGCGCUCAAUUGUUAGAUACUGAGAUCAAUGUCGAUUUCAUUGACAUCAAUCUCGGAUGUCCAAUUGAUAUGGUUUAUCGCGAAGGAUCGGGUUCCGGAUUGAUGAGGCGGCAGAAUGUUCUGGAGACCUGCAUUCGUAGCAUGACGAAUCUGAUGUCCAUACCUUUAACUGUGAAAACACGUACCGGUAUUUACAAUAACACCAAUAUCGCGCACACCUUGAUACCAAAAUUGAGAGAUUGGGGCGCGAGUUUGGUAACAGUACACGGCAGGUCGAGGGAGCAAAGAUACACGAGAAGUUCCGAUUGGGAGUACAUCAGGGAAUGCGCACAGGUCGCAUCUCCCCUACCAAUAAUUGGUAACGGUGACAUCUUGAGCUACGAAGACUACGCGAGAGCACGGGAAUCGUGUCCGGAACUGUACGGUGUGAUGAUUGGAAGAGGAGCACUAAUCAAACCUUGGAUCUUUACCGAGAUCAAGGAACAAAAGCUGUACGAUAUCUCCAGCUCGGAACGGUUCGACAUCCUGAAAAAGUUUACCAACUACGGCUUGGAGAACUGGGGAUCCGACAAUAAGGGCGUGGAGAACACGCGCAGAUUCCUGUUGGAAUGGCUCUCGUUCCUCUACAGAUAUAUACCAAUCGGUCUGUUGGAGUCGCCUCCGCAGAAGAUUAAUGAGCGACCUCCGUACUACAAAGGACGAAACGAUCUGGAGACGUUGAUGGCUUCUCCUUCAGCAUCAGAUUGGAUUAAGAUCAGCGAGAUGCUUCUUGGUCCUGUCCCCGAUACAUUCACUUUUCUACCCAAACAUAAAGCAAAUGCUUAUCGCUGAAACAAUUUUAUAAUAAAUACAAUAAAAAUAUCCUUGUUAUGUACAUU